GAGCGCGGGGCCGAGCAUGUUCCGGCGUCUCCGCCGCCCGUGGGCACAGGAGGUGGCGCCCAAGGGGCUCCCGGGCGACCGCGAGCUCCGACGGAGGGAGCCGCGGAUGGCCCAGCCGGGCCCGCCCACCCCCCCCGGGAGCCCCUCGCGGUCCCUGCCCGCCCUGCCCACGGUGACAGGGAGAGCAAAGCAGAGCCGCUCGGUGCUCAAGUCCCUGCUGCUGCCGCCCCUGUGCCCCACCCGCACGCCUCGGGGGUCGGCGCGCCGGUGCCCCGGCCUCGCAGAGUGCGAGGUUCCCCCGGGGGGCUCGGGCAAGGAGGCCCCGGACUUCCUGGGCGCCCUCCUAGGAGAGCUCCUCCCCAGCAGGUUCAGGGAGUUCCUGCAGCAGCUCCAGGAGAAGUGCCUAGAACCGCCGGAGCCACAGCCGUCCUCAGCACCGCGUCAUCCCAGGGGUGCGUCCCAGCACUGCCGAGGUUCCUCUCAGUGUUCCAGCUGCUCCCUCUUCCCAGACCUGCGCUCCUCGGGGGAAGGCUCAGGGCCCCGCCGGCGGUGCUGCCCUUUCAGGGUGCGAUUCGCAGACGAGACCCUCCGGGACACUGCACUCCGCUACUGGGAGCGCAGCUGUGCAGUCCGGCAGAACAUCCUUGAGGACCAGACUACCAGCCAGCCCACGGUGUCAGAGCGCGUGUGCGGGAGCUUCGGGAGAUGGCUGGAGAGCUUGCCUGGAGCCCCAAACCUCAGGACCAAGGAGGCUGUGGCCGACCCCUCCUGCUGGGACAGCCCUCACUUGCCCACACGGAGGCUGCAGGACCUCCUUUCUGAGGGUGCUCUGCGAACAGCAGCCUGCCCUUCUUCCCUGGGGCCACCACCCCAAGGCAGCCGGGGGGACCUCCGGACCUUCCUGGACAUCCACAGCCUCCUGGAGUCCCGCUCCUGGGGCCAGAAGCUGGAGUCUUCCCUGCCUGACUUGGUGCUGCAGUCGGUCCUGAAGCGAGGCCGUCCUAAGGGGUACGGCUCCUGACUUCUAUGAUGGCGCAGCGGAGGGCUCAGAGGUGAAUGCCCACGGGAGCCCAAGCCCGGGGGCAAGGCCGCCCCAUGAAUAAACACACAUCCGAGGC